AUGACUUCCUUCUACGUCAGCUCCUCCCCAUCGCUGGGCAGCUUCACGACUCCUGAGGAAAGAAACUUCUGUAUCUCCUCCAUCGAUAUUGGGAGCCAGCCUGGGGCAGAGGUCAAGCCUGCCUCCCCGGGCCUCUUGGCCACCGUGGCACACGCCAACCGAGUCCGUGUGGGGACGACCCCUCUGGGCCGACCCAGCCUCUGUCUGCCCCCCAGCUGCAACACCGCGUGCCCCUUGCCAGGGACCUGCCACGUUCCCGGCAACAUCGGAAUCUGUGGGACCUACGGUGAAGGCAGCCUGAACGGCCACGAGAAGGUGACCAUGCAGUUCCUGAACGACCGCCUGGCCAACUACCUGGAGAAGGUGCGCCAGCUGGAGCGAGACAACGCGGAGCUGGAGACCAAGAUCCGAGAGUGGAGCAAAUGCCACGAGUCCACCGUGUGCCCCGACUACCAGAGCUACUUCCGGAGCAUCGAGGAGCUCCAGCAGAAGAUUCUGUGCAUCAAAUCAGAGAAAAGCAGGCUGGUUGUGCAAAUGGACAAUGCCAAACUGGCUGCAGAUGACUUCAGGACCAAGUACCAGACAGAACACUCGCUCCGCCAGCUGGUGGAGGCCGACAUCUGUGGCCUGCGCAAGGUACUGGAUGACCUCACACUUGCCAAGUGUGACCUAGAGGCUCAGCUGGAGUCCCUGAAGGAGGAGCUGCUCUGCCUUAAGAAGAAUCACGAGCAGGAAGUCCACACUCUGCAGUGCCAGCUGGGGGACAGGCUCCGGAUCGAGCUGGACACUGAGCCCACCGUGGACCUGAACAGUGUGCUGGAGGCGAUGCGGUGCCAGUACGAGGCCAUGGUGGAGACCAACCGCCGCGAUGUGGAGCAGUGGUUCGAAGCUCAGUCUGAGGGCAUCAGCCUGCAGGCCACGUCCUGCUCCGAGGAGCUGCAGUGCUGCCAGUCAGAGAUCCUGGAGCUCAGACGCACAGUGAACGCCCUGGAGGUGGAGCUUCAGGCUCAGCACACACUGAAGGACUGCCUGCAGAACUCCCUGUGUGAGGCUGAGGCCCGUUAUGGCACCGAGCUGGCCCAGAUGCAGAGCCUGAUCAGCACCGUGGAGGAACAGCUGUCUGAGAUCCGGGCUGACCUGGAGCGGCAGAACCAGGAGUACCAGGUGCUGCUGGACGUCCGGGUCCGGCUGGAGGGCGAGAUCAGCACGUACCAGAAGCUUCUGGAGAGUGAGGACUGCAAGCUUCCCUGCAACCCAUGUGCGACCCCAGCCUCCAGCACCCUUGGUCCAGCCCCUGCAGCCUGUACCUCCUGCUCUUCCUGCCUUUCCAGGCCUCCUUGGGCCUCCUGUGGGCCCUGCUCAUCACCUCAAUGCUGACGUAUUCCUCAGCCCAAGGUGCUGAAUGAUGGGAAGCAUCACAGCUCCUUGGCUCCACCAGGCCUGCCGUCUGAGCCCUACUUCCUCAGCCAGCCUGGGGAGGCUGAAGCCAGGCAGUGCUUCUCUGUUGGGUUUUCUGAUCUGGCAGCUCAGCUCCAGCCCCUGGAUUUGUGCUUCCUUUUCUCUCUUCUAUUUUCUCUUUUCCCUUGCCUUCUGGUCUCCUUGAGAUGUGGCAGGUAAACUUGUUUUUAUUUUGCUAAUAAACUUCACUUC